AAAAUUUCGCCAUGUUUUGCAGUUUUGUUACCUACUAUUAAUUUUGACGUGAUAAUUGAUAUGAAAAAAAGUACCUACAAAAUUUUCGAGUGCACUUCAAAGGAAAUUAUUUAUUAUUUUCAUUAAUGUAACAUGUUUUCAUUGAAUUCUAUAAAUACACAAAACCAGAUUUUUGUAAGUUUCAGUCAGUUAUCGUCUAGAUAUCCUGGCUUAUUUAGACAUAGGAAACAUAAUAACAGCAGAAACAAAGAUGCCAAUAUUAAAAAUAGUGCAAUAACAACCAAUGACGCAAUAAUCUGCAAGGAAAGUUUCGAAGAGGCUUUCAAGAAUUUCGACAAGAAUGUGUUAUUUGAUAUGCAAAAUGUCGAGGCACGAUCAGUUGCAUCCUUUGCAAGAACACCCAAACCAAACUUUGUUCUUCCAGGAUCAUCAAAACGGGUGUCAUACAUUUCUGGACGAUCCUUUGAUGAAAACAAGAAUGGUUUUGCACAGGUUUCAUUAUUGCCAUCCGUAACUGUUGAAUUAUAUGGAAGAAAAACUAAAUUUAGUGUGUCCGAGAAUUUUGUAGGCUUACUAAAUAAAGGAUUACAUGAUAAGACAUUCAAAUACCAUAUUCAAGUUCGAGGAUUCAAGACAGAGAGAACUAUUGUUGGUGAUAAGAAACGGAAUCCUAAUCUUAUAAAUAGACUGCGUAAGUUCUUGGGUCUAAAUAUAACAGAAAAUGUAGAAAAGCAAUCAACACUAGGGCCUGAGGUGGCGCCCAGGUUGGAUAAGCUGUUACAUGAAAACACAGUGCUCAGUUCACAACAGAAAGAUAAAAUUAAGAUUGCGUUCGCUGAGGGGUACUUAGCAGGAUCACACCCCGAGAAUGUCCGUGGUACAAAGGCUUCUAAAUACUUGAAAUUAGUGCAACAACUGCUCACAAUAGUAUUGUUUUUAGCUAUUUUCGUUAGUUUAAUGGCAUCUGUCAGCGGCACUGUUUUCCGAAUCCAACUUGGAAAUCAAGUGGAAGUAGACCCGGAAGAUAUAUCAGUCACGUUUGACGAUGUAAAGGGUGCUGAUGAAGCCAAACAAGAGCUGAAGGAUGUGGUGGAGUUCCUGAAGUCUCCCGAGAAGUUCUCAUCCCUGGGGGGCAAGCUGCCCAAGGGCGUGCUGCUGGUGGGGCCGCCAGGUACAGGCAAGACGCUGCUGGCUCGUGCCGUGGCGGGUGAGGCGAGGGUGCCCUUCUUCCACGCCGCCGGGCCCGAGUUCGACGAGAUCCUGGUGGGGCAGGGAGCUCGACGCGUUCGAGACUUGUUCAAGGCCGCUAAGGAGCGCGCUCCGUGUGUUAUAUUCAUAGACGAGAUAGACUCGGUUGGGGCCAAGAGAACAAACAGUGUGCUGCAUCCCUACGCCAACCAGACAAUCAACCAACUGCUGUCGGAGAUGGACGGGUUCCACCAGAACGAGGGUGUGAUCGUGCUGGGCGCCACCAAUCGCCGCGAUGACUUGGAUCAGGCACUCCUGAGACCCGGCAGGUUUGACGUCGAGGUGACAGUCCCCACUCCAGACUACACGGGCCGUGUUGAGAUCCUUCGUAUGUACGCGUCCCGGAUUGCCUCUCAUCCCGAUCUAGACCUGGAGGCCCUGGCGCGAGGAACCACGGGGUUCACCGGUGCCGACCUGGAGAGUAUGGUCAACCAGGCGGCGUUGAGAGCUGCCAUUGAGGGGUCAAAAGCAGUUCGGAUGUGCCACUUGGAGGAGGCCAGAGACAAGGUCCUGAUGGGUCCCGCGCGCCGAACUCGCCUUCCCGACGACGAGGCCAACGCUAUGACGGCCUGCCACGAGGGAGGCCACGCCCUAGUUGCCUUCUACACCAAGGACGCACACCCACUCCACAAGGUGACCAUCAUCCCACGCGGACAGUCGCUCGGCCACACUGCCUACAUCCCCGCCAAGGAACGCUACCACGUGACCAAGCAGCAGCUGCUCGCUAUGAUGGACACCAUGAUGGGGGGCCGCGCCGCCGAGGAGCUGGUCUACGGUCCCGACAAGAUUACCUCGGGCGCGUCGUCCGACCUGAAGCAGGCAACGUCCAUCGCGGUGCAUAUGGUGCGGGAGUGGGGCAUGAGUGAGAAGGUGGGCCUGCGCAGCAUGGAGGCCCCCAAGAGUGCCUUUUCGCAGGAGACCAUCGGGCCCUACACCAACGAACUGGUGGACGCGGAGAUCAAGAAGCUGCUGUCGGAGAGCUACGAGCGCGCUAAGGCCAUCCUGCGCGCGCACGCCAAGGAACACCGAGCGCUCAGUGACGCGCUGCUGCAAUACGAGACCCUGGACGCGGAGGACAUCAAGGCGAUCGUCAACGGCGACAAGAUCAAGCACGAGAAGAAGAGCGGCAACCCCGCGCCGCCCACACCUGCGCCCGUCCCCGCCCCACUGCUGGGACAGCCCGCGCCCGCAUAGGUAGACAUGCAGAUAUAGAUUAGUCAGAAAUUGUUGGCUCGGCGGCUGUGUACAAAUCUAAUAAUAUAUAUUAUAAUAUAUAUAUACAGAAGUGUCGAUGGAAAUUUUGCAGAAGUUAAAGAAUUUGUUAUAAAAUAAAAUUGAUAAUAAACAUAAGUAUAACAGUU